GUUACUGGAAAGCAAGUGAAUUGAGCAAAUUCAAAGGUAGAGCGUUUUAUACUGUGCAUACGUGGACUGAGAAACACUGGAAGGCAAGGUGAAGCACUUAAGGACAUUUUGGCCCACCUACGGUAUAUUAUCUUAAACUUAAUUUAUAUCACCAGGCGGAUUAAGGAAGCAUGGACGUGGACCUGGAGGGGAUUAUCCAGUGCAUCAAGCAGGGGGAUGAGAACGGUGUUCAGAUUCAGCUGCAGGAGUUCAACAAAGAGUACGCCCAGUGCUUCUUCUUCGAUGCAGAGGAGAGAGACCGAAGGAAACAAAGAAAACUAGAAGAGUUCAGGAAGAAUAAAGUGAGGGAUUACACUGACUCUGACUCCGAUUGUGAUGAGUACGACCAGGAGAAUCAAGGUCUCAUCCUCAGACAGAAUUUAGCUGUCGUCCUGGUGAGGUUCAUAAAAACAGGAAUCAAAAGUCGUCUGUUGAGAGUAUCUCUACGUACCCUGCGAAUCCUCUCCAGAGACAAGAAGGUCCUGGCUCCCUUGGUAACAGACAACGCUCUCCUGACGCUGGCCAAACUAGCCGGACUGACCACAGCUGAUACAAGCGAUGAAUCCAGCGACCCUGACUCUGAUUUCUACGAUACCAUCAUCACUUCUAUUGCUGAGGCCAAAGCGUUACAUCCCCGCCCCGUCGAGGACGAGGGUGACGUCGAAGCCAGUGACCAAAAUGAAGAGUUCUUAGACGACGACGCCAAAAGUGACAUAAGCAACGCCAACAGCGACAAAGAUCUGGACAGCCUCAGCUGGUUUGGCAGCCACAGGACCAGCAUCAACGAAAUGCACAGGGGCGGCAUCCAUCACAAGAUGCUGGAGCGAGGGAGGAAGGACCGCAGAGAGAGCAAGGUUGAGGUGGAGGAGGAGGAGGAGGAGGAGAAGGAAGGGAGCUCAGGAGAGGAAGCACAGAGAAAGGAGGCCAUGAAGGUGUUGUGUAAUGUUGUGUACAACAGCACCUGGGCACAGGAGAGGUUCAGUGCUCUCAGGCUCAUGAGUGGCCUUGUGGAGCUUCUGUCCUCCGGUGUUAGAGGCUCAUCUCCCUCCAGUGUUCAGUUCUAUGAACUACGCCUCAUGUUCCUCAUUACUGCACUACGGCGGGAGCUCAGCUCUCAGCUUCAACAGGAGGGAGGUGUGUCCAUCUUCACAGCAGCUCUGGAGAACUGCCUGGAGGUUCAGUGGAAGGACCAGUAUGAGUGCGUGCUGGACCCAGCGGCACCACCAAUCUCACCAGACACCUCUCAGUGUAUCGUGGAGAUCCUCAAAAUCCUCUUCAACAUCACCUACAGCACCCACAGGCAGGAGCCAAGUGAGGAUGAUGCAGCUCUUUACCGACACCUGGUGGCCAUCCUGCGUCUCUGCCUGAUGAGGAAGUGUUUGCUGCCGGACGACACUGAUGCGCUGCAGGGCCACACAGUCAACCUGUUGUCAGCGCUGCCUCUCCAGUGUCUCGAUGUGCUGCUUAUGGUGCCACUGGCGCCCGACUCCAAGCAGUGCCAGGGGGUCAACAUGGACUGUGUCCACACCCUGGUGAUGUUCAUGGAGAAACGUCUGGAGCUGGGUGAGAAGAUGAAGGAGAAGUUGACACCAAUCCUCAAUCUGCUGACAGAGAGCUGUAGGGCCCACAGAGAAACACGCCAUUACAUCAGGAAACAUAUCCUGCCUCCUCUGAGAGACCUGUCACACAGGCCAGAGGAAGGCUCCACAGUGAAGAGCCGACUGAUCCGUCUCAUGACUCACCUGGACACAGACCUCAAAUACUGCGCUGCUGACCUCAUCUUUGUCCUCUGCAAGGAAAAUGUGAGCCGUUUUGUCAAGUACACAGGCUACGGUAACGCAGCGGGCCUGCUGGCCACCAGGGGUCUGCUGGGCGGCCAGGUGCCGAGGCCUGUCAGCUCUGACGCUCAGUACUCCAGCGACUCCGACUCGGACACUGAGGAGUACCGGCAGGUCAAAGAUCGCAUCAACCCAGUGACGGGGCGGGUGGAGGCAGAACAGCCAGACCCCAUGGAGGGCAUGACAGAGGAGGAGAAGGAGGAGGAGGCUCGGAGGCUCAUCAUGCUCUUCAACAAGCUGUCCAGAGAUAGCAUUAUCCAGCCGAUGGGGGUGGAUUCAGAGGGCAAACUGGUCCCAAUGUGCGGACUGGGGGAGAACUCCCUCACUGAGGAGGUGAAGUCUGAGUCAGAGAACGACGGAGAAGCAGAGGAAGGAGAGAAGAACUGAAACAGUUAA